AUGCGGUGUCCGCUCAGAAAAUCUGAGUCGAGUAUUGUCAGCUGGGGUCGGGUGGGGGAAUUGAUUGAGGGGUUGCGUUCACAAUACUCCAAAUUUAGAAAUAGUAUCCAGACAUCAGCCAACCCCUGGCAGAAAAAUUGGCUCAAGCGGAUUUCCCUUUCCCACCUCGCCAGCUCCGUUGCUCCCGCAAUAGUUCAAAACAACAACCAUCAAACGCUCUUCCCAUUCGUCUAUCGCCCAUUUUCUUUUCUUCAGCCAGGCGACCUUUGUGUUUUCCAGCCCUUCGUUCUCAACCCUCGUUUAUUUAUUUUCCGCUCGUUUACAUUAGAUUUUGAAGGCAUUCUGUUGUUCUUCAUUCACCUACCCCCACCUACCUCCCUUGCCACACCACCCUCGUCGCUUGCCACUCGGAAUUUCUUACCACAGCCCACUCUGAAUUUCUUACCACUCUCCCUCCACCCAGGCACGACAAACAAACAACCAAGACCCAAAACCCACUGCGAGAACAUCUUUGAUAUGAGGAAAGUACACCUUUUAUUCUCCCUUAUUCUGUCGGUUGCUGCUUUCUCAGCAAGUGCCAAUCCGACAGCAGCCGGUGCGCAGGCGGGUGCCGUUGUACGUCGGGCGGAUGACCCAACCAAAACUACCAGUGGAUCAAAUGGUGCGCCAACUUCUGGCGAGGGCGACGCAAUAGAAGGUGAUGCAACACCAACAGAUGAACCAAAGGAUCAAAAGACCGGAGAGAGUGGGAGCGCAAAGGCAUCUUCGACGAAAAGCAAGAAGAUAGCAUCUGAUGCUCAACCUGGUGGAGUCGUAAUGCAGACUCCGGCAUUGACCGAUGGUUAUCAAAUCUAUAAAAUUGGCCAGCCCGUUACAUUCAAGUGGAACUACACCAGUAUCCAGGCUUCGCCUACUGCCAUCAAUGUUGAAGCAUAUUGCACCGACGGUGCUACCUAUUUCACUAUUGCCGGAAAUGUUUCUGCAGAUACUACUGAGGUCGUUUGGGAUACUGGGGAUUACCAGCAAACUGCUACUGCCAAGUUGCCAGGUGCCACCUACACGCUCUGGAUCUAUGAUGCUUCAAAGGAUAGGACAGCAGUUCCAUCGCCGGGUUACCUUUAUGGCUAUAGUUUACUCCAAUUUGGGAUGUACUCGCCUAGGGCUCCUACUCCUCUCAGCGAGUUCAAAUGCGCCUCUUGCGAUUUUAAUAGUGCUGGGCUUAAUGACCCCCGUACUGUUCGUGCAUUACUUGGUAUGGGUUUGGUGACCGCUUUGACAUUUGUGUGGUUCAUUGCGGGCGUGCUAUAGUUAUUGCAGGUUGCUCGAUUUUCUCUAGCGAGUUUAUGAGCCAUGAUUUCGGCCAAUCCAAACGUUGUUUUCACUAGUACAAUUCUGUUCAUCGUUGUGCCGAGCGAUACCAAUGGGUUUGUUAUCUGUUUUUUCCUUUUGGGUCUUUUUUUUUUUUUUGCAUUGCAUGGGCAUUGGGUACCAAUGAACUUCCGUCCUUUCCCGUCCACAAGUGUUACUAUUCCUAAUUUUUUUAGUAAAUUUGUUUCUAGCGGCCCGGCGGGGGGGGUCUUGGAAAAUGAAGAAGGGGGAAUGUUGUCGAGAACGAGGCGUCUUUAUAAACUAUACUAUCUCUAUAAUGCUUGUUUGGACGAUGGAAAUUUUUUGUUUCUCUGUUUACUUUUUCCUGGUGCUCUGUUCAGACCAAGGAGCGUUUAGGUGUCUUUUCUUCUUUCUUUUCUUUUUCCUUUCCUUAUUGCUGCCAUUUCUAUUUCCCUUUUUCAUACUUAUCUUUUGUUAAAUAUAUUAUUGACUUGUUGGGUUUGUUUGUUUUUCUUGGUGGAAUGAAAUGAUCAUGGCAUUUGCAGCCGCCCCUUUGAACCAACA